AUGGGUUGGCUGGAAGCAUCAAACUGGCAGCUUCACGUUUCCUUGAUCGUGCUACUCUCCAUGCACAUGAAGGCUAACCUGAUGGACAAUAGGGUCCUAAUGUGCUCUCUCAGCAUGCAUAUGCCAGCGACCAAACCCAACGGUGAGAGUACGGUACCUGCUCCUACCCAGAAGCCAAUGUGGUGUCGCUGUAAUCUCCACUGUAGAGCGGACUCGGUCAACAGCACCUGCAGGACUGAUGGCUACUGUUUCACCACAGUAGAAGAUGAAGAGUCUGGAGGACAUACAAUUGCCUCAGGAUGCCUACGCUUCGAAGGCUUAGACAUCCAAUGCCAGGAUAUGCUCAUAAUACAUGAGAGAAGAACUCUUUCUAUUGCGUGCUGCAGAGACAAAGAUUUCUGCAAUGAAAACCUUCACCCAGCGCUGCCACCUCUGAGAAAUAGCGAUUGUGUUGAAGGAAACAUUGGUCAUAGGGCCUUGCUGAUCUCAGUGAUCGUUUGCAAUAUACUCCUGGUACUUCUCAUCAUAUUCUGGUACUUCAGGCACAAAAGGCAAGCAACCAGACCUCAUUACUGCAUUGGAGUUGAACAGGAUGAGACUUACUUUACUCCAGGGGAAACCCUGAAAGACUCGACUCAAUGGUCUCAGAGCACAGGAAGUGGGUCUAGUUUCCCUAUGGUUGAAAUUACUAUAGCAAGGCAGAUUGAGAUGGUGAAACAGACCGAUAAAGGUCGCUAUGGAGAAGUUUGGAUGGGAAAGUGGCGUGAAGAAAAGGUAGCUGUAAAAGUGUUCUUCGCCACUGAGGAGGCCAGCUGGUUGAAAGAGACUGAAAUCUACGAGACUGUCCUGUUGAGACAUGAAAACAUUUUGGGGUUCAUUGCUGCGGACAUUAAAUGUACGGGGACUUUGACCGAACUGUAUCUUAUCACAGACUACCAUGAGCAUGGCUCCCUGUAUGAUUAUCUGACAUCCACUCCCUUGGAUCCAAAAGCCAUGCUAAACCUGGCCUAUUCUUCUGCUAGCGGCUUGUGCCACUUGCACAUGGAGAUCUUCGGGACUCAAGUCAAGCCAGCUAUUGCCCACCGGGAUCUGAAAAGUAAGAACAUCCUAGUGAAAAAGGAUGGAACCUGCUGUAUAGCAGACCUAGGCUUGGCAGUUAAAUGGUUUAGUGAUAAAAAUGGGGUGGACGCAGCACCUAAAAAACUGGUAGGAACAAAGCGCUAUAUGGCUCCUGAGGUGCUGGAUAAAAGGUUGAAUAGGAAUCACUUCCAGUCAUAUCUCAUGGCCGAUAUGUACAGUUUUGGACUCAUCCUUUGGGAGGUAGCAAGGAGAUGUGUGUCAGAAGGAAUAGUUGACAAAUACCAGCUUCCAUACCAUGAUCUUCUGCCCACCAACCCCUCCUGCAAGGACAUGUGGGAGAUCGUGUGUAGAAAGAAGCUCCGUCCCGCAUUACCCAGUAGAUGGAGAAGUGACGAGUGCCUGAGACAAAUGGAAAAACUCAUGACAGAGUGUUGGGCUCACGACCCUGCUUCUCGGCUCACAGCCCUGCAAGUAAAGAAAACACUUGCCAAAAUGAUGGAGUCACAGGACAUUACAAUCUGA